ACCUGUCUUCACAACCUUUCUCCCUCCAUGUUCACACCUUAAUAAAAACCCAACAACAUUCUUUCCCAUUUCUCAAUUAAUCUCUCGUUCCCAUGUCCCAAGACUCCCAACAAGAUUUUUGACAAGUGAGAACCAGAGAGAGAGAGAGAUCAACAGCCACACUAGCAGCAAGCAAGAGCAACUAUGCAAAGCAACAACAAUUAACCCACAAGGAGCUAUAUAGAGAUGGUGAUGAAUUAAUUUCAUCUCUUUUUGAUCGAUUAUUGGCGCACAAAGCAGAGAAAAUGGAGACAGAGAAUUCCAUUGGAGCAGCAGUUACGGCGUUUUCGGAUCAGAUUCCCACCAACUUCGCUUUAUCCAGCAUCUUCGACACGCCUUUCGGAGGUGAAAAAUGGUCUCUAGGAUUCAUGGAUUUGUUGGGAGUCCAAGAUUUUACCCCAUCCAUGUUCGAUUUACUACAGCAACCUUCGAUGCCAUCACCGCCACCCAUAGUGUCAGUCGGGGAGUACUCCUCCGAUAUAUUGAAUUUGCCUGCAACGCCCAACUCUUCUUCCAUUUCGUCAUCAUCGACUGAAGCAGCAAAUGAUGAACAGUCUAAAGCAGUGGAAGAGGAGGAGCAGGAGAAGACUAAGAACCAACUGAAAUCCAACAAGAAGAAUAAAAAACGGCAGAAAGAGCCGAGAUUUGCUUUCAUGACGAAGAGCGAGGUUGAUCAUCUGGAAGACGGGUAUAGAUGGAGAAAGUACGGGCAAAAAGCAGUAAAGAACAGCCCCUUUCCGAGGAGCUACUACCGUUGCACCACUGCCACAUGUGGUGUGAAGAAGAGAGUGGAGAGAUCGUCGGAUGAUCCGACCAUUGUCGUGACAACGUACGAAGGUCAGCACACACAUCCGAGCCCUGUAAUGCCUCGUGGAAUCUCCACCGGAAUCUCUCCGGAUUCCAGCAGCUACGCUGCGGCCUUCGCCAUGGCGCCGAUGCAAUUGACGCAACCUCAUCAUGACUUUCAAGAACAGCAGCAACCCUAUUUCCAUAACUUAUUACCACCUUCUCUCAACUAUAAUUCUAGUGUUUCUUUGGCUCCUACUUUCGUACCAGAGAGACGUUUUUUCACUUCUGCAACUUCUUUUAUCAGAGACCACGGCCUUCUUCAAGACAUAGUCCCUUCGGAUAUGAGAAGUGCUUAGGAAAAAAACAUUUCUGUUAAUUGCUGGGCAUGUAUUCCUCUCAAUUAAUUACUGACUUAUGAACAUCACCCUGAGAGCUAGAACAACUCACUUUAUUACAUAGAUAUAUUGAGCUACUAGUUUCCUGCUAAUUAGGUUCUUAGCAUUAUUUUUGUAUUUAUUUAGAUAUAUUGUUCAACAUUAAUUGGAACCUCAGGGCUUUGCAUUCUGCUUUCAUUAAUUAGAUUUGUCGGAUAUAUUUGUAUUUUUGGUUGAAGGAAUAUGCAUUGAUUUCAAUGCGAGUAUUGUAGUAAGGUUUGGUGGGUUUCAUAGGAUUAGGUCUACUGGUUGGGGUAAGUUGGUAUAAGUAGAAACUUUCCAGCUUUUAUCUUUGACCGGGAAUUCUCAUUUCUCAGACAGGAACCAUUUAUAAAAAUUUAGGAAUUUGAUCAUGUACCUGAGUCAAGGAUGGCGAUCAGUAAAACUAAUUAAAGAUCGGAUGAUUGAGAUUUGUGAAGAGAAAAUUGUUGGUUUGGGGAGUUCAUUAAUGAGUUUUUUUUUUUUUUUUCCUGAUAGAAAUGUGGAAUAAUAAGAAACUGACAGCAACCCAUUAGCUACAGUUUAUGGUCUUCUUUCCUCUUUUGGGAUUUUGAUUCAUUAAAUGAAUAGUACUCUGGUGUUUGUACACCUUGGCGUUGGGGAAUGUGGAGUGGCUCUUGAUUCAAAAGGAUGGCUCUGAUAUAUAUGCAUGGUCCAUUGCUUUA